AUGCUCGGCUUCCGACCACUAUCUGUGGGCAAGCGGAAAGCCAAGUCGUACAACCAGGCGCCGACGGCCGACCGCGAUGUAGAAGACGGCGACCUCAACGAGAAAGGCUACGCCAGCGAUGACUACGAGGCCUACAUGUCCUCGGGCACACCAAGCCCGUCCUCGUCCCGCCACUCCUCGGGCGCAUACGAUACAAAUCCCAACAACAUCGAGUCGAGGCCGCUUCGCCGAUCCUCCAAAUCUCACCGGAGAGCCCCCUCGAAAGCUACCGUGAGUGCAUACAGCUACCGGAAUCCACGGGCAUGUACACGAUAUUUUGGGCUGGCGGUGGCGAGCACGCUGUUGUUCUUCAUGUACUUUUUGUUCAGCAGCAGUUGGGCCUCGAUACGCAAUGCGGAGCUGGGGCUGAACAAGCCGCCGCCGCCGCCCAACGUGUGGGAGAGCUUUCCCUUUCUGAAGCGAUAUCAUGGCGGCAUACGGUCACUUGUUAGCCGGGACAAGAAUGUACCGGAAUACCCAACAAAGCAGGACAUCGACCCCGAGCUGCCGGCGGAGGAGUCCAAGGGAGACGUUAAAGAGCGGAGGUCGCAGGGCGCACACAUUGCCGACUCGAUACCUUUUGACCCAUACCCGGACUACAGCGGUAUAAACUACGUAGACAAGUACGGCCCUGUCGAGACGUGCUAUCUCGAUGCGAACGAUACCAUCAAGGUUCCUGGAUUGAGGGCAUACAAAGGCGUACCCCAGGGUAUGCCGGACAACGUCAUUGGAAGCUAUGAGACAUUAGGCCUAAGGAACGACGUCUGCUUUGAGCGCUUCGGACGACUCGGUCCGUAUGGGCUAGGCUACAGCAAGAGGCGCGGUGGAACAGGCGCGGGCAUGGAAGGUGAUCGCGAAGGCAUCGAGGAUGUCUGGAAGGUUGACGCUGAGGUUGACUUCCGCGAGGUCAACUGGACAGAGGCACUCGGCAGGUGCUUGGAGAAGAACAAGGGUCGUUUCGAGAAACAACCCAAGACGGGGACUGAUGCAUUCAAGAUGCAGAAGCGCGAUACGGUGACCGAUGCCGAAGCCGAAGCCAACAGCACAGUCCACGUUCUACCAAAGGCAGCCCACAAUACGCUUCUUCCACGAACCGCCGUGCUCCUUCGCACAUGGUGGGACUACGAAUACGACGACGAAGACAUCAUGUACCUCCGCGCCCUCAUCUCCGAACUCAGCCUUGCAUCCGGUGGUGAAUACGAAGUCCACUUUCUUAUCCACGUAAAGGACGACAACAAGCAGAUCUGGGCCGACGAAGACGUCUACGCUGAGGUCCUCAAGAACGCACUGCCCGCCGAAUUCGCCGGCAUGGGCACGUUAUGGUCAGAACGCCAGAUGGGCCUAAUCUACGGCGGAAUGGAAGAGUCCAACUAUCGCGACCGGCCUGUCCAUGGUGCAUACCGCUCUACAUUCAUGCCCGUGACGUACUUUGCACACCAACACCCCGAGUUCGACUUCUUCUGGCACUGGGAAAUGGACGUGCGCUACACAGGCCACUACUACCACCUCUUCGAACAAGUCUCCAAGUGGACAACCGCCCAACCCCGCAAAGGCCUCUGGGAACGCAAUGCACGUUUCUACGUCCCCUCUGUGCACGAUUCCUGGGAAGACUUCAAGCAAAUGGUCCGUGUGCAAACCGAACACGGCACCAACAGCCAAGCCAACAGAUGGUCUUCUCAUCUCCCGCCCAACCCUCACGUCCCUGGCCCAGAAAUGCAGAAGCCUGAGAAGCACAUCUGGGGCCCGGAGCCUCCCCAAGACUACCCCGACAUCGAGAUCGACGAAAACGUCAAACCCAACACCACACUCGCCGAAGACAAGUACGAAUGGGGUGUCGGCGAACCCGCUGACCUCAUCGUCUUCAACCCCCUCUUCGACCCCGAUCAGACGAAUUGGAUCCUGGCUGAUGAUGUCACGGGAUACGACAAGAAGAACGGGCUUCCACCCCGUCGUACCGCUAUCAACACGUCUGGUCGCCUCUCCCGGCGCCUGCUGGAAACGAUGCACCGCGAACAAUCCCACUUCCGACACACCAUGUUCAGCGAAAUGUGGCCCGCAUCGUGCGCCCUGCACCACGGUCUCAAAGCCGUAUACGCGCCGCACCCCGUCUUCAUCGACCGGAAAUGGCCGACGCAGUACCUCGCUGCCAUUUUCAACAACGGACGUAACGGUGCAAGUGGCGGGGCGCGCAUGUCGGUCUUCUCCGACGAGAGACAACACAAUUUUUUGGGUACCACGUGGUACUAUCAUGCGGGCUUUGCGCCGAAUCUCUGGAAGAGGUGGUUGGGGUACAAGGUGGAUAAUGAUGGUGGAGAGGAGUUUGAGGUCCAGGGUGAAGGGCGCAUGUGCUUGCCGGGCGUCUUGUUGCAUCCGGUUAAGCAGGUGGAUUUGGUGCAGGAGAAAGAGCCGAUUGAUGAAAAGGUGGUGUGA